AUGUCAUCUCCUGCAGCCGCCCCCGACAAGGAGACCUUGAAACUCCUCCUCCCGCUCCGCUACGAUGGCAAAACCAUCAUCGAUUGCGACAGGUUCUUGUCGCAGCUGCGCAUCUACUGGCUGGUCAACACGUCGUUGACCACCAUCGAGCUUAAGGUGCAGGUCGCACUCAGCCUACUCGAUGGAGAUGCCCGCGCCUGGGCCACUCCCUACUUUGCCCAGCUCGCAUCGGUGCAGGUGGGUGUGCAAGGGGCCACGACCCCGUUCGCAAACGAAGCGGCCUUUGCCGCCGCCUUCAGGGCCCGCUUCGGAAAUCUCGACGACGAGGCGGCAGCACAAGUAGAGCUGGCGAAGCUCUGCGCGGACAAGUCGGUCCGUGAAAAACGCACCGCUGCGGAAUUCUCCGCGCUGUUCAAGGGUCCGGCGGACCGCUCUGGGUAUGGGGACCUGGAGCUACGCGACAAGUACCUGAGCGGCAUCCCCUCCCGCGUGUACCGAAAGAUCGAGCUCGAGACCUUUGCCACGUGGCAAGCAGCUGAGAAGCGCGCCACGGAGGUCGAGCAGAUCCUCGACAUCAGCCGGGCCCGUCGGCCCGAGCUGAACAACUUCUUCUCGGCACGAGGUCGAGGGCGCGGCGGGGCACGUAGUGGUGCACCCUCGACGCACGCAGCUUCGGCCAGCAUCAAUGCGGCCGUCGGAAAAGGCAACUUCCCCGGCACAUGCUUCGGCUGUGGGAAGCAAGGGUACCGACGCUUCGAGUGCCCCAAUUGUAAGGACAAGCCUUACACAAAACGCGCCGACGCGCGGGCUACGGUUGCCUCGGGCUCCACCCAGGCUGCGACAAGCGCCCCCGUCACGACAACACCCUCGGCAAGUAUAAGUGCCGCUUCAGCGAAAUGCGAGCAAUCGGAGCUGGCGGACUUAAUGGCACAGGUGAAGUCAAUGCGCGAGGAGCUCGAGCACUAUCAGGCGAUGAAGGAGGAGGGUUUUUGA